AUGAUGAACUUACCGUAUGAGUACUUGGUGUAUUGGCCAAAGUUGGCAUCAGUUGAUGCUGCUGCUGUUGUUGAUGGGGGGCAACAGAAGGCUGGCCCUCUGAAUAUUUACGCUUCCGGCGGCAACCGUCUUGUGGGUCGGGCAUACCAAGGAAAACCCCAACGUGAAUGCCGUCAAAACUGCUUGUCCCGUUGGAAGAGACUUGACUGCUUCUGUCACGGCGUGGGCGCACACGUUUUCCGCUACGGCUUGACGCACAAGCUUUCCGUUUCCGUUAUAGCUCUCGUCGUUCGAUUAGUUUCACGUGAACAACUAACGCUUUGUCACCGCCGCCGUGCGCGUCACACGCGUCGCCAAGCCAAGAGAUGUAAACGUUACCACACACUACGAGCCGAUGCGCUGAAUAAUAAUCCGCAGUGCCGUGGAUCGAUGUGGGUGACACCAUUAAAAGACGUUCCAAAUGUUGACGAAAGUUGCCGAUUAUGGAGAGGUGCAGACAGGAAAGGAAGAAGAGAAAGUGUAUGUGUAUUUCUGCGUGAAUCGAAUGUAAGGUGUGCGUGA